AUGACCAAAUGCGAGAAAAAUGGUCAAGUCUGCCAAUGGAAAUGCGAAGAAACGGAAAUCGGAGCUCGAUGCAUUUGUCCACCCGGAUAUUGGCAGUUUCAAGACACUUGCCAUGACGAAAAUGAAUGUUUUGGCCGCUCUCCUUGUGGCGAAAAAAGUUCCAACUGCUUGAAUCUUCAUGGCCGAAGCGAAUGCCUACCUGAACUAGAGUGCCCUGAUGAUUUCAGGCUUAUUUCUUACUCUCGAAAUUCAUAUCCUGCAGGAUGCGAGCAGAUACAAGGAACGGGCAAAAAUUGCACUGACGAAUUUUUCUGUCAAUUUUGGCGAAUUCGACAACAAUCAGGGGAACUUCUCAACUAUCCUUCUCCGCGAGACCAACUGGUUGCUCGAGUUGAAUCCUCUGAAACAUUUGGUCGGGGAUCAAGAUACAGCUACGAAAUUUUGGAAGUUGUUGAUCGAGAUGGAAACCAAGCAUAUGAUUCCGCAGCGAUUUUCAUCAAACAAAGAAGUGAGAGAGUCGGUCGGGCGGAGAUUCACUUUCUUGGUAAACCAGCUUUCGAGGGCCCGGGAGUUUCAAGGCGAAUAAAGCUGAAAUACACCGGCAGCAAACUCUACCGAGGGAUCAGCAAAACAAUGCGAGUGGAGCUCAUUGAGAUACUCGUUUAUGUCUCCGAAUUCGAUUUUUGA